AUGGAGGGAGCGGCAGUGCUGACAAUACCGUCCGUGCUGGCUACCGGGGGGUAUUUGCAGCAUUCUCUGGUGUGUGUGGAGUUAACGAACGGCAUCGUGUUGACGGGGCGUAUUCUUCAAAUAGAUGCAGUGACAAUGAACAUGAAGCUGGACGCCAUUACGGAUAUCGCUGUUUGUCGUCGCCGUUCUGGUGCGGAGGGCGCAAAGGUGGAGUGGGAGACGGAUCCGGCAGCGCUGCGGUGCACUAGCAGUGUUGUUCUCCGUGGUUGCCACAUUCGUUACAUGGACUUCAUCGACGAAGAG